UGUUUGUGCGCGCUUUUACUAUCAUCUGCUGCGUUGGCUUCGCUUCACCGAUUUGUAUUACAAUGAGACGCUGAAACGUCUGGAGAAUAAGCCCCGAAAUCCACGGAUACGACGUUGCAUACUUUGUAUAUAUUACUUGAUUUUCGGAAUUUACGCGGCGAUUGUCAUAUUCUUCUUCUUGGGUGCCAGUAUCGGGGUCUGGCUAACCUCUGGCUUCGUCAACUCACUUAAAAUUAUCAGCCUAACAUACAUGUUCAUUAUGAACUCUAUAUAUUUUUCGACAUUUCUUACAAUUUCAUAUCAAAUCCAAAGAAAACGGACUAACAAGUUUUUGAAACAAUUUUUUAACGAACUUUUCGUAAUUCGACGAAAGAUCUCAGCGUUGACUGGAUGUCCUGCAAUCAUGGAGACUCACAUCAAGUUAUUGUUGUUACUUAAAAUAAUACUGAUUGUUUGGAUUUCAAUUAAAUCUUCAAAAAGAAUUCAUAUUUUAAGUAAUUAUAUAGCCUUUCCUCUUUUCGAACUCGCCUACAUUGCAAACUAUGUGAUCAUUAGAAAAUUGUUAAUUCUACACAAAGUAUUGCAGAAAUGGAUUAAACAACAAGAAGAUCAAUAUAGAGUCAAAUCUCAAUGCACAGCAUACUGCAAGAUGAGGAAUGAUCCGAUUUGUAAGGCAAUCUCUUUGUGGAGUCAAUCGGGUCAAAUGUUAACGAACUAUCUGAAACAUUUCAAUUGGUUUGAAAAACUGGUACUUAUUGAGAAUAUAUAUUGUGUCUAUUUGGCCAGUCAGUUUGUUGUGUGCUUAUUUUAUAAACAAUAUUAUAACGGUGCGCUGUUGCCAGAUACUUUAAACCAUAUUAUUAAUAUGCUCCUUAUUGGCAUGGUCAAUGACUCACUGAAGCAUGAGGAAGAUGCUUUGAACGACAUAUUGACGGUACUGGUCGCCAAAUUGUCACAUCAAGCAAUUCUGUGUAGCAAUUGUCGGAAACUUCUAAAAGCGAUCAAUUUUCACUUCUGUUGCCGGAAUCUGCGUCUCAAUGGGAUUUAUGUAUUAGGGUAUUAUUGGACCAGAGUAUUCGUUAUCGAUGUUAUCCAAAACGUAAUAUUAUUAGGAUUUAGUAUAACACAAUUUGAUUCAGAUAAAAUUUAUUUAUGUCAUGACGGCCCGGAACAUCACGUAUAUAGAUCUUAGACAAGCAGGAGAAUCUCAGUAGCUGUGGCUAAUUUUUUACCGAUAAUAUCGAUUAAAGUCUCAGAUGUUCUAAAGAAAGGAAUUAUUUCCUUCUUUCCUUUCCGAAAAUUGGUAAAAUUAGUAUAUUACU